AAAAAAAUUCAACACUCUUAACAAAGCUUUAGCCAUCAGCUUUAGGCCUCAAAAAAAAAAGAACAAAAAAAAAGAAAAAGAAAGAAAGAAGAAGAAUAAUAUGGGCAUAUUGAGAGAAGGCCUCAAUUGCUUCCCUGGAGGAAUAUGGAGACCGGCGCGGCGGCCGGGAUGACAAAAUCGUGCGAGAAUUGCCAUCUGGCCGCCGCGCUGGUGUUUUGCAGGAAAGACAACAUAUUCGUUUGCCUGUCCUGCGACACGUGCCUGCACGCCAGCCACGAGCGUGUGUGGAUGUGCGAGGUCUGCGAGCAGGCGGCAGCCAGCGUCACGUGCAAGGCUGACGCGGCCGCCCUCUGCGUCACGUGCGACCGCGACAUCCACUCCGCCAACCCCUUGGCAGAGCGCCACGAGCGCGUCCCGGUUGUCCCAUUCUACGACCCCGUUGAGUCCGUCGUAAAGUCAACCGCCACCACUCUCCUCUUCUCAAUCAACGGUUCGAACGAUAUCAACACGUCCACGACCACGACCACGACCGCAACCACGGGCAUAAUGGCCCCUACUUGUAUUGGACAUCAUGAGAAAGAUUACAACACUGAUCCAUGGAUUCCACCAAACACAAUAACUUCUAAACUUCCAUUGAAUACAGAAAUCAAAUCAAUGGAUUUCUUAUUUCCAGAAUCAGAAAGUUUUCUUGAUUUUGAUUAUUCUGCUUCUAUAGACACACAAUCACAACUUCAAUACAAUUCAGCAAAUGACAGUGUUGUACCAGUACAAACUACAAUAAAACCAAUACCAUUUCACCAUCAAGAAAAGCAUUUUGAGAUUGAUUUCACUCAAUCUCACAUCAAAUCUUACAACACCCCAUCACUCAGUCAAAGUGUCAUCAAAUCUUACAACACCCCAUCACUCAGUCAAAGUGUGUCAUCAUCAUCUUUAGAUGUUGGAAUUGUACCAGAUGGAAGUUCAAUUUCAGAAAUAUCAUAUCCAUUUAUCAAAAAUGUUAACAACAAUCUUGAUUUAGCAAAUUCUGCUAAUCAAGGUGAAAAAUUAAUUGGUUUAGAUAGAGAAGCAAGAGUAUUAAGGUACAGAGAAAAGAAAAAAAAUCGAAAAUUUGAGAAAACAAUUCGAUAUGCUUCAAGAAAAGCUUAUGCAGAAAAAAGGCCAAGAAUUAAAGGUCGUUUUGCUAAGAGAAUGGUUAGCACUGGUGGUGUUGACUCUGAUAUUGACAAGAUUUUUUCAGGCAAUGAUUUUAAUGUUGUGCCUGAUUCGCUAUAUGGUGUUGUUCCUUUGUUUUAACGCAUUAGUGAUAAUUAAAGUACAACAACGUACUAA